AUGAGGAACAUGGCAACGACCUAUCUGGCGGCGCUUGUCAUACUGCCUUGUCUCGCCCAGGCUGCCUGCGAAUGCGGAUAUGCGGCAAACAUCACCAGUACACAAGUGGUCUUCACCGACCUGAUCGAGACCGAUUUCACCAAGGUCAAGGACAUUCAGAGCAACACCGAUUGGGUACGACAGGAGUUCAACAAAACCAACAAAAACGCGAGAGGCCCUCUUGGAGAAAAAUUCAUGCCGACGAAUGUAGCCUCUGUCCAUGAGGGCUCCAGCUCCUUCGGGCUCAGCUCAACCAAAGCGGAUGCCGGGCUUCAGUUACUUGUCGAGAGCUCGACAGUAGAUGGCCUUGUUCCUGUCGCAGAGAUUGACUCAGCUCGAAACGAUCUCCAUUAUGGCUCCUUUCGAGCAAUGAUGAAGGUCCCUGACGUUGCUGGGACAUGCGCAGCUUUUUUCUGGUAUCACAACGACACGCAAGAGAUUGAUAUUGAGUUUCUCACAAGGGAAUUCAACCCGGAGAACAACACAUAUCCGGCCAACAUCGUCCUGCAGUCUCGCGCGUCGAUGGAGAAGGGCUACGAUGCCGCGGGAACUGGUAACUUCGUCAAAGUCAACCUGGGCUUCAACCCCACUACCGACUUCCAUGAAUACCGUAUCGACUACCUCCGUGAUCAAGUCAUAUUCUACGCCGACAACAAAAUGAUUGGCAGGAUGAACGGCAGUGCCGUUCCGACCGAUGGUGGUCAUUUGAUCCUCCAGCACUGGAGCAACGGCAACCCCCUCUGGUCUGGCGGCCCCCCCAAAAAGGACGCGAUUUUGACGGUGGCAUCCGUGAAGGCAUACUUCAACUCGUCACUUGAUAGCCGUAGAGCCGAUCAUUUGAGCCGCUGUGUUGAUCCCUCGGCGCCAGACGCCAUCUGCAACAUCCCUGAUGUUACUUCCUUCUUCUUCAGUGCCCAAACGAACAUGACCAAUAACCAAACGGUGUCGGGGCAAUCCGGGCACGAAAGUCACAGUGCUCAGGGAGAUCAAGGAAGUCAACAAGGGGUCGCUUCGUUAGAGGCUCCUUCGUGGUCUCUUGUCGUGGGGUUCUUGCUUUUGAAUGCCCUGUUCUUCUGA